AUGCUUGAAAGCGAGUAUGAAGUUUUGAAGGAAGAGGUGAAGAGGAUGGUGACAACUGAUGAUGGUGGUGGUGAUGAUACUCCCCAAGCAAUUGCCAACAAGUUGCGGGUGAUAGAUGUAGUUCAGCGACUAGGUGUUGGGUAUCACUUUGAAACCGAGAUUGAAGGAGAACUUGCAAAGGACACCAGAGGAAGGUUCAAGGAAUGGUUGGCUUCGGAUGUGCAAGUGCUUCUGAGCUUGUACGAGGCAGCACAUGUGGCGGUCCAUGGAGAAGACAUAUUGGAUGAAGCCCUGGACUUUGCCACCAAGACUCUCAAGUCCAUUCUCCCUGAACUCAGCCCUUCGUUCCAGAAACAAGUAAACUUUUCCCUCGGCCUCCCCGCAUGGAAAUGUGUCCCCAGGACACUUACUAGGAACUUCAUCGACUUCUAUUUUGAGGAUCCAUCUCACAACCAUAAACUCCUUCAAUUCGCAAAGUUGGACUUCAACAUGCUUCAAAAAUUCCACCAGCAAGAGCUCCGCGAAAUAUCAGAGUGGUGGAAAGGUCUUAAAGUGAGUACCAAAUUCUCGCAUGCAAGAAACAGGAUCGUGGAGUGUUAUUAUUGGAUUUGUGCUAUUUACUUCGAGCCUAAGUAUCACUUAGCAAGAAUGAUACUCACCAAGAUCAUAUCAACGGUGUCAGUCAUAGACGACACUUAUGAUAACUUUGCUUCGUAUGAGGAGGUGGAGGCCCUCACAGAAGCUAUUGAAAGGAUGGAUGUUGGGGCUCUUGAAACAUUACCCGACACAAUGAAGGACCUAUAUCAUGCCAUCAUUAAGGUGUAUGACGAUAUCGAGAUUGAACUUGGAAAGAGGGGGCCUACGUUUGCUGUUGAUUAUGCUAAAGGAGAAUUGAAGAAAAUAUGUCGAGCCUACUUAGCUGAGGUCCAUUGGCGCGCAAAAGUUUAUAUUCCAACGCUGGAGGAGUACAAGCUCGAAGCAUAUGUCAGUGGCGGUUUACCCCUUCUAUGCACAUCUACUUUCAUUGGCAUGGAACCUGAAAUAGCUACGAGGGAGGCUUUUGAAUGGGUAACCAAUGAGCCUAAGAUGGUAAGAGCCGUCGCUCUUAUUGGUAGGUUCCAAAACGACAUUGUUUCUCACGAGUUCGAACGUGAAAGGAAGCAUGCAGCUUCGGCAAUCGAAUGUUACAUGAAGGAGUACUCGGCAUCAAAGGAGGAAGCUAUUGAAUUUUUAUGGAAUGAGAUUUCUAAAGGUUGGAAAGAUAUAGCUGAAGAGUGUCAAAAACCAACUCCACUUCCAGUAGUCCUCACAGACCGUGUGCUCAACUUUGCACGUUCCAUUAGUGUGAUAUAUGAGAAGGGUGAUGGCUACACUGAUUCUAAUCUUUUGAAGGCCCACAUUGCUGCACUGUUCGAUGUUCCAGUACCUCUUUGA